AUGGCAGUACAAGCCAAAACAUUCUAUGCUCUCUUACUAACGUCACUCCAACUCCUCAUAACAAGUCAUGUAUCAUUCGCCGCCGGAGGAAAAUGGACUCUCCUCCUCACCAACGUCGGAAUCUCCGCCAUGCACAUGCAGCUCCUCCGCAACGACCGUGUUGUAAUGUUCGAUAGAACCAAUUUCGGGCCAUCAAACAUCUCUCUCCCCAACGGUAACUGCCGUAGCAACCCACAAGACGCCGUUUCCAAAAUCGACUGCACAGCUCACUCCAUCGAAUACGACGUCGCAUCAAACACCGUCCGUCCCUUAACCGUACAAUCCAACACAUGGUGCUCCUCUGGUUCGGUCAGACCGGAUGGUGUUCUCGUCCAAACCGGUGGAGACCGGGACGGUGAACUAAAAGCGAGAGUCUUCUCUCCUUGUAAUAACAAACGAUGCGACUGGGUCGAGAUUAACAACGGUUUAACAAAGAGAAGGUGGUACUCUUCUAAUCAUAUUCUUCCCGGCGGUAAACAAAUUGUUAUCGGAGGUCAAGGACAGUUUAACUACGAGUUUUACCCCAAAACGACAUCUCCUAACGUUAUCGCGUUACCGUUUUUGGCCGAGACUAAUGAUAGAGGACAAGAGAAUAAUCUUUACCCUUACGUGUUUCUCAACACUGAUGGUAAUUUAUUUAUAUUCGCUAAUAACCGAGCGAUACUACUCGACUAUGUUAAAAACACUGUGGUGAAAACUUAUCCAGCGAUUCCGGGUGGUGACCCGAGAAGCUACCCGAGCACCGGCUCAGCCGUUUUACUACCGUUAAAGAAUCUCGAAGCGGUUAAAAUCGACGCGGAAGUUCUAGUGUGUGGAGGUGCACCGAAGGGAUCAUACAUCCUCGCUUUUAGAAGGAAUACUUUCGUGAAAGCGCUUGACACGUGUGCAAGGAUCAAGAUUAACGACGAGAAUCCUCAGUGGACGGUGGAGAAGAUGCCACGUGCUAGAGUCAUGGGAGACAUGACGCUAUUACCUAACGGAGAUGUUUUGAUAGUCAACGGUGGUUCUUCUGGCUCAGCUGCAUGGGAGCUUGGUCGUGAACCGGUUUUCGUACCUGAUCUAUACCAUCCCGAGAAUCCGGUUAACUCCAGAUUUGAGUCGUUAAACCCGAGUACAAUCCCGAGAAUGUAUCACUCCACGGCGAUUCUUCUCCGCGACGGGAGAGUUCUCGUCGGAGGAAGCAACCCUCACGGGUUUUAUAACUUCACCGGAGUGCUUUUCCCGACCGAGUUAAGCUUGGAAGCUUUCUCUCCGGUUUAUCUAGAACCGGAGUUUGCGAAACUACGUCCGAAGAUUGUGUCUCCUAAGUCGCAAACAACUAUAACGUAUAGGAAAACUAUGAAGCUGAAGUUUAAGGUGGUCGGAGAAGUCAAGGGUCCAGUUAAAGUGACGAUGGUGUUUCCUUCGUUCACGACGCAUUCGUUUUCGAUGAAUCAGAGGCUUUUGGUUUUGGAUAAUGUUAAGUUUAAGAGAUCAAAAUCUACGAACUAUGAGGUUCAAGUAACGACUCCAAGAUCGGCGUUUAUAGCACCUUCUGGUUAUUAUAUGAUGUUUGUGGUGAAUGAUAACAUCCCAAGCGAAGGUAUUUGGGUAAGGUUACGGUGA